UGAUCAAAUGUUCACUUGAGCGUCAGUCUCCAUCAGUCACACAUCUGAUCAGCUGUUUCUCAGUUCUACCGCAGUUGCUUUAUGUUCGAGAUGGCUAACAUUUCCACCGUUUUUCCGAUUCUGAAUGGCUCGGUAGAGCCGACCUCCCCGUCAGAGUAUCACUACAAGGCUCGUGUAGUCCUAGCCGUCUUCUGGAUACUGUUCACCGUCUUCGGUUUCACGGGGAGCAGCCUCGUCAUCUGGUCGGUCGUGUUGUCCAAAAAGCUGCGCACGGUGACCAACGCCUUCGUGGUCAACCUGAGCGUCGCCGACUUCUGGACCGCCAUGUCGUACCCGUGGAUGGCCGUGGCGGGGCUGGGCGUCCACCAAUGGCCCCUGGAGAGCGAAAUUCCCUGCAGAAUCGCCGCCCUGCAGUUCAACACGGGCUUCGGUGCCAGCUUGUACAUCCUAGCAGCCAUAGCCGUGAAUCGCUGGGUGGUUGUCACCCAAUCCAUCGAUACAUACAGGUGGCUGUACACACCCAAGAAACUUGCCGCCAUGAUCGCUGCUACUUGGAUUAUCCCGUGUCUGCUGGUUUCUCUCCCACCGGCGUUUCAAGCCGGAAAACUGGGAUUCGAUGAGAGGACCCACACCUGUUCCGACGUCAGCAACGCUACUUACAACCUGGUCAUGACUCUUGGCUUGUACCCCAUCCCCAUGGUCAUCAUCAUCAGCUCCUACACGGCCCUGUAUGUCCACAUCAGACGUCACUUCAAGCAGCAGAAGAGACGCCACGCUCCCAUGGGAAAGAGUUCUACAAUCGUUGACGUGGAGCUCACUAGUGACAAGAGUUUCAGCGCGGAUCCGACCGGUGCGUCGUCGGGCCCAACCAUCGACUCCAUGUCUGCGAAGAGCCUGAAGGCCAUCAAACGCCAGCAGAUGGCAAUCACCAAGAACUUGUUUCUGAUCUGCCUGGCUUUCACCGUGCUGGUCUCGCCUUACUUCAUGUCUCUGGCCGCUCCGGGCAGCGCUGGCUUCACAGUCUACGCCGCCAUCAUCGCUACGGUCAACAGCUGUGUUAGUCCCAUCAUCUACACCGUCAACCAUCCCCAUUUCAAGGUCAUCUUCCCCCUGAUGCUUACCUGCCGCUACGCUGAGAUUCCCGAACCCUCGGACUUUCUGAAAUACUUCCUCUCACGGAAAAAGUAG